CUGACGGCUGCACCUACACGUUUACCAAUGAGAUCAAUAUCUGCAGCGAUGGAAGAACAUCGGGGAGUACAUCGGGAGCAUUAAUCGGAAUACGAAAUAGCAAAGUCCCUAAUGACCAAAUUGUCCAAUGUGUAUGUGACAUUGAAGCACAACCUCAGACGAACACUACGAUGUAUUUUGAUGGACCUGGAUACGAUAACUGUGGAACAAGUCUCUUAAUAAACAACCGUAAAUUUUCCUGCCAUGAUGGUACAACAUUAAUGGAAUUACACAGGGAGAGGCUAUAUUUCAAGAAAUUGAGUCCACAGAAUGACGAAUGGUGCAUGUUUCUUCAACCAGAAGGAGUUAAUAUGAGUAUCACGUGUUAUAACAUUGGCAAAGAACCACCAGAAAUGACAAUAACUACCAGCCCCCUUGGCAUCACUUCGACGUCAGCGUCAACAACACAGGAAUCAAAGUUCAUGACUUCAUCAUCUUCAAAAUCCCACAGUACAACACCUACUAAGGAAACAUUGUCGCCAGCAAUGUCCGAACUUCCAUCUUCGUUACAACCCAGUACAACGCAUGUCAUUACAACCAUUUCUUCCGUUAUCUCCUCUUCGACAAUCAAUGCAUCAACCGCAGACAGCACAACUGGAACCAUUCAUAAAGUCACAACUGGAAACACACAGCCAGUAUCACAUGAUGCUUCAGACACUAAUUCCACAACUUUGAUUACGACUGAAAGUUCUUCCGUUCGUCCUUAUUCAAACACACCUCCUACAAACACUGCCUUUACUAGCGCACGCAGGACAUCAGCAAGACUUCCAGAGCUAGGUAUGCUAAUAUAAUAUGCAUUAUUUCCAAAAUUAUACUCUUUUAUAAGGCACUAUUUUUAUUCAGUGUUAUUGGUUUUUAGUCGGAGCAGUGAUAAAUUUAGAUUUGCUUUCUUAUUUUCUAGUUACAGAAAUGUCGGAAAAUAACUCAUUGAGCUUAUGUGUCUUGUUAUCAUA